AUGACAUAAAUCCUAAUUUAAUAAUUCUAUUAAUCCUUAGAGCCUAUCUUUUAGGCUGGAGUGUUUACUUGGAUUUAGAUACUGCCUAUUGUAACAUUAGCAAAUAAGGUAUUAAUGUCACAAUACCAUCAAUCCUACAAUAAUAAUCAAAUUAAUUUAGCCGAAUUUCAUGGAAGAAUAUUUGAGAAUAGUGAUCAUUAGUUGAAAUUUAAGGAGGAAAUGAAAGUGGAAAAAUUUGAUGAAUUUGUAACAAAUGAGACUCAAUAUUAUGCUUGGUUUUAAUUUGACUUUGCCAAGCAUAUGCCUUUAAAUAUAUUUUACAAUAGGAUGAUUACCAAAUAGUAGUAAGUUAAGAAUACAAAAGUUAAAAAAAUUAUAAUUGCAAUUUUAAAGCAUUUUAGCGAAAGAAAAAAAAUUUCACUUCAUCAUGGGAAUAUCAUACCAGAAAAUAUCAUCCUUCAAUUUUAGAAGAAAUAAGGCUCUAAAUCCAAGUUUAAAUUUAUGUAAUUAUAUUUUACAAACUUCCCCACCGAAUAAAAUUAAGAAGACAAAGAAAAUAUUAAAAAAGAUGAAGAAAGUGUUAAAAAAGUGGUUAAAAAUUUAUUGGAUUAUAUAGUUAAUAAAGAUUAGUAUGAAAUUAAUUUAGAUGGCAAAACAAUUGAAGUCAUCUUGAAAGAAAUUGAAAAUAUUUAAGAAUUUUAAUUAAGAGUUGUAGAUGUAAAAGAGGAAGCAAUUUAAAAUAAAAAUGAGUCAGGAUGGAUGGACAAAUUCAAAAUUUGGAAUAAGAAUGCGAACAAGGAAAAAAAAACAUUUGAAUAACAAAUUAAUGAAUCUUCUAAUGAACUAUAUAAUGUAUUGAAUGAAAAAAACCUCAAAUUUAUAUAGGAAUGCGAGGAGAAUUUUAACAUAAAUUGCAAAGAAUAAACUGACAAAUAAGAUUAAUUGAUGUCCAAGAUUAAGAUUGGAACUUGCGAAACUGAUAAUUAAGAUUAGCAAGAGAGUAAAUAGAAUAAUGAAAAAGAUUAGAGGGAAGAGAAAGAGGUAUAAUGGUUGGAAUUAAUUAAAACAUAAUAAAGUUUAUUUUUAAAUAGCCUUAUUAACAUCAUUGUACAAAACUUUGUAGAAAAAGUUAUUUCAGAAUAUUUUGAUCCUAAUUAUAUCAAUUAUAUCAAAGAUAGUAAUGCGAAAUAUCUAGAAAGUCAGGCUAAACAAGGUAAAAAAGCUGAAACGCUUAAUAAUAAUGUGGAUAUUGAGUUCAUAAUUAAUAAAUAUCAUUCAAAAGCUAACGUUAUGUAUGAAGUGUUAAGGAGAAUUUUCAAUGGCAUCUAAACUACUUUUUUAAAAGAAUGGAAUAAAAUUACUGAUAAUUACUUUAAAGAGUAUAAGUUUGAUUUUGAUUUACAAUUUAAGGAUUUGGUUGAAUAACACUAUAAUGAAUUUCUAAUUAUAAUUUUCAAAUACUCUUUAACAUCAAACAAAUUUGUUUAAGACAAGCUUGCAGAUGAGCAGAAAUUGAUUGAAGAGCAGUUUCGUGAUUACUAUGAUGAAUGGAUUUCAUACAAAAUAUUAGACUUAAUUAACAAUUUAAUAUGAACAUCAACAAUGAAGACUUAAAGUUUAUUUUAUAAUUCAACAAUACAUAAUAUACGC